CUGCGCAAACCCGGGCUUUAAACUUAGCUUUGAAAAGCACAGGAGAUGAUUUCAAGGCCCAGGAUGGCCUGGUGGUGGGUGACUGCUGGCUCCUCUCCCCGCUGGCUGGGUAAAGGCCAGAGGACCGGAGCAGAGCACCAUGAAGCACCCUGAGAGCCAACAGCCCUGAGACACCCACCACGGCGGGGAGGACUCCCUGGAAAGCACAGGGAAAAAGGGAAAAUGAGGCUUUUCCGGAGACGCUACAGCCCCUUGAAGGUGGCUUUGGCCGGCACCAUCUUCGUCAUCUUCCUCUUCAUCCUGCAGAAGGACGUGGGGAGCAAGGACCCGCGUGAGGAGCCUUGGUUGAAGAACAUCGUCCAGGGGAAGGACCAAGUCCUGGACCUGAUGCUGGGGGCUGUCAACAACAUCCGGGACUCGAUGCCCAAGCUGCAGAUCAGAGCACCGGUUCGGCAGGAGGAGCCGGCCCCCAGCGCUCGCUCCUGCCUGCCCGGGGUCUACACAGCGGCAGAGCUCCGGCCCCUGAUGGAGAGACCCCCCCAGGACCCUGCCAGCCCCGGAGCCGACGGCAAAGCCUUCAAGAAGGAGCAAUGGACACCGGAGGAGACGAAGGAGAAGGAGCGGGGCUACGAGAAGCAUUGCUUCAACGCCUUCGCCAGCGACCGCAUCUCCCUCCAGCGAGCGCUGGGACCCGACAGCCGCCCUCCCGAGUGCAUCGACCAGAAGUUCAAGCGGUGCCCGCCCCUGCCCACCACCAGCGUGGUCAUCGUCUUCCACAACGAAGCCUGGUCGACGCUGCUGCGGACGGUGUACAGCGUCCUGCACACCUCCCCUGCCCUCCUGCUCAAGGAGAUCAUCCUGGUGGACGAUGCCAGCACGGACGAGUACCUGCAGGACGAGCUGGAUCGCUACGUGGAGCAGCUCCAGAUCGUGCGGGUCGUGCGGCAGCAGCAGCGCAAGGGGCUGAUCACAGCGCGGCUGCUGGGCGCCAGCGUGGCCAGCGGCGAGGUCCUCACCUUCCUGGAUGCCCACUGCGAGUGUUUCCAUGGCUGGCUCGAGCCCCUCUUAUCCCGCAUCGCCCAAGAGCCGACGGCCGUUGUGAGCCCCGACAUCGCCACCAUCGACCUCAACACCUUCGAGUUCUCCAAGCCUGUCCAGAACGGGAAGCAGCACAGCAGGGGCAACUUCGACUGGAGCCUGACGUUCGGCUGGGAGGUCGUCCCACCCCGGGAGAGGCAGCGGAGGAAGGAUGAGACCUUCCCCAUCAAGUCCCCGACCUUUGCUGGUGGCCUCUUUGCCAUCUCCAGGUCCUACUUUGAGCACAUCGGCUCCUAUGACGAUCAGAUGGAGAUCUGGGGGGGCGAGAAUGUGGAGAUGUCCUUCAGGGUCUGGCAGUGCGGGGGUCAGAUUGAGAUCAUCCCUUGCUCCGUCGUGGGUCACGUCUUCCGCUCCAAGAGCCCCCACACCUUCCCCAAGGGCACCCAGGUGAUCUCCAGGAACCAGGUCCGCCUGGCCGAGGUCUGGAUGGAUGACUACAAGGAGAUCUUCUACAGGAGGAACCAGCAAGCUGCCCAGAUGGCCAGAGAGAAGACGUAUGGUGACAUUGCAGAGCGGCGCAGGCUGAGGGAGCGGCUCCACUGCCGGAACUUCACCUGGUACCUCCAGACCAUCUACCCCGAGAUGUUCGUCCCUGACCUCACCCCAGCCUUCUAUGGAGCGAUCAAAAACGAGGGCACCAAGAGCUGCCUGGAUGUCGGUGAGAACAACCACGGCGGGAAGCCACUCAUCAUGUACCCCUGCCACGGGCUGGGGGGCAACCAGUACUUUGAGUACACGAGCCAGCGGGAGCUGCGGCACAACAUCGGGAAGGAGCUCUGCCUGCGCGCCGCAGCGGGCUCGGCUGAGCUGCGGGAGUGCCAGUACCGAGGGAGACCAGGGCGGGUGUCAGCCAGCGAGGAGUGGGACCUGGCGCAGGACCGGCUGAUAAAGAACCCGGCCUCUGGGAUGUGCCUGACGGCGCGAGGGAAGCACCCGGGGAUGGCUCCCUGCAACCUGGCAGACCCCCACCAGCUCUGGUCCUUCACUUAGAGCAGCCCGAGCUCCCCCCCCCCCCCGAGCUGCCCCCAGCCACGCUCAGGAGAGCAGAACCCAAACCAAACUCCCUCCUUUUUAAUUUAAGAAGCAGAAGCCUUAAAUAUGCUGCAUUUCGUGGUUGCCUUGAGCUCGGUCCUGUGCCUUUGGAGCGGGGGAGCCUGGUGAGCCAAGCUCGGCCGGCCGUACCCCACAGAGCCUGAACGCAGCCCAAGGAUGCUCUUGGGUACCCGCUGCUCAUCUUCCCCCUCCCUGGCUCCAGCCAGAGACUCUGGAAUUCACAUCAGGCCUUCAACC